CCAAAAGCAUAAUGGAUAUUGCCUGAGAACUUUAAUCAAUGGAAUCUUGCAAAUAUGAAGCUUUUGUCUGCUUGCUACUCUCAGUAGCAUUACUACUCCCAUUCAAAACAGUCGUUUGUUCCAGUAGCUGCACUUUUCCGGCCAUUUUCAACUUCGGCGACUCCAACUCCGACACCGGCGGUCUCUCUGCCGCGUUUGGCCAGGCUCCCCCGCCCAACGGGGAAACUUUUUUUGGUGCCCCCGCCGGCCGUUUUUGCGACGGCCGCCUCAUUCUUGAUUUCAUCGCUGAAAGCUUGCGGUUAAAUCGUCUACAUGCGUUUCUUGAUUCUGUGGGUUCUAAUUUCAGCCAUGGGGCUAAUUUUGCAACUGCUGGAUCGACUAUCAGGCCUCAGAACACCACCAUUUCACAGAGUGGGUAUAGCCCAAUCUCAUUGGAUGUUCAGUCUGUUCAAUUCUCAGACUUCAAGACAAGAUCUCAGGAAUUCAUGCAAACAGAGAGUAUAUUUCGGAAUUUGUUGCCAAAGGAGGAUGACUUUUCUGGGGCAUUAUACACCUUUGAUAUUGGGCAGAAUGAUCUCACAGCUGGGUACAAACUCAACAUGUCAACCGAACAAGUCAAGGCAUAUGUUCCUGAUCUUGUAGCUCAAUUCUCCAAUGCAAUCAAGAAUGUGUAUGCACGGGGAGGAAGGGCGUUUUGGAUACACAACACAUGCCCCGCAGGUUGCCUACCGUAUGUUAUGGACCGGUUUCCUGUCACAGCAGCUCAAAUCGACGAGUUUGGAUGUGCCACCCCCUUCAAUGAAGUUUCAAAGUACUUCAAUCUAAGGCUAAAACAAGCCGUGGUAGAGCUCAGGAAAGAACUCCCAUCGGCUGCAAUCACAUACGUAGACAUUUACUCUGUCAAGUACUCCCUCAUCACUCGUGCAACGAAGCUAGGCUUUGAGAACCCGUUCUUGACUUGCUGUGGUCACGGUGGGAAGUAUAACUAUAACAGGUCAAACAAAUGUGGAAGCAAGAAGAUUGUGAAUGGGAAAGAGAUAGUGACCGCGAAGUCUUGCAAAGAUCCAUCAGCUCGGGUUAGUUGGGACGGGGCUCACUUCACCGAAGCAGCUAACAAAUGGAUAUUUAACCAGAUCGUGAAUGGUUCGUUUUCAGACCCUCCACUGCCUUUGCACUUGGCUUGUCAGAGGAUGGAAUAACUACUACUUCUAUCAUAGGGGUUUAGAAUUGAGUAGAAGUAUUAAUAAUUUGAAGUGCAAGUUAGAGAUGGUUUGUUUAGGCAAGUGUAAGUUCAUUCUCUCAAUUACAUAUUUACAUGUCAUUGCAUGUAUGUCUCUUAAUUAUUCACCAAGAUAGCUAUUUUCAGCUCUUCGACUUAGAUUA